UGGCUGGCACUUUGGUGCCUGGAUACUCGGGGGAAGGAACGAUGUCUUCAGGGGACCUGGGGAGAGGCUGGCCUGGCAUGUCCAAGCCCCUGCAUCUGGUCUGGCUCCUCAUCUGGCUGCUAGGAGCGAUGGGCAUUGCCAGGGCUACUGCAGCCUCGGCAGGCCCCCACACCCUGCAGUACCUCCUGACAGCUGUGUCGGAGCCCAGCCCGGACCUGCCCGAGUUCACGAUGCAGGGCUAUGUGGACGGGGAGCUCUUUGUGGAGUACGAUGGCGAGGCCCAGCAGAUGCAGCCCCGUGCUGCCUGGAUGCGGGCAGCCCCGCCUGCACUUUGGGAGAGCGAGAACCGCGUCCACAAGCUGCGGCAGGGCUGCUUCCGCGGCAAGGUCCGCAGCCUCCUGCACCUCUACAACCAAAGCCAGGGCUUCCACAUAUUUCAGUACGCCUACGGCUGUGAGAUCCAGGCAGACGGUGGCACCAGGGGCUUCCGGCACUUGGGCUUUGAUGGGGAGGAAUUCUUGACCUACGACACGGUGGAGCACCGGUGGCUGGCCCCCAUCGCGGAGGCCACGGCUGAAGCCACGCAGCGCCAGUGGAACGGGAACAACGCGGCCCUGCAGUACUACAGGAACUUCCUGGAGCGGGAGUGCCCGAAAAUCCUGCGGAGAUACCUGGAGUAUGGGCACAGCCCACGGCCACAGAGCAAGCCCCCCAAAGCUCAGGUGAGUGACAAGCCGUCAUCCGGGGAUGGACUCACCACCCUGUCCUGCCGGGUCCAUGGCUUCUACCCCAGGGAUGUGGCUGUCGUCUGGCUGAAGAACGGGGGGGAAAAGCCCCAGGAAACGAGCCUCUCAGGGGUCAUUCCCAGUGGAGACGGGACCUACCAGAUCUGGGCUACCAUUGAGAUCAACCCCAGCAGCAACCACAGCUACACCUGCAGUGUGGAGCACAUGAGCCUGGGCACAGCCCUGAGAGUGGCCUGGGACAAGGAGCCUAAGUCCAACCUGAUGCUUAUUGUGGGCAUUGUUAUCGCUGUCGUGCUGGUCAUCAUCAUGAUGGGCACAGCUGUUUACUUCCUCAGGAAAUGGGGAGCAGGAUACAAAGCAGUGCUCCUGGAGCAACCACAGGUCCACCACCUGUGUAAAAGCUGAGCAGAGCCCGGUGCAGCCUGCACUGCCUCCUGAGGGGCCCAUAGAGGAGGAGAGGGAACAGCAGAGCACAGGGACACGCUGCACUGAUUCAGCCCUUGCAAAUGCCUUGCUUUUGAUCACUGGGAUUUUGCCAGAGCAAAGCCCCUUGCUCUGGGACUGCAAAUAGCUCACAUGUGACAGUAAACCUGCUGGGCCAUGGCCUGGUUGGUCCGGGGUGGGCAAAGGGGUGGGAUUUGGGGACUGCUUGUGGUUGAUCAGCUGGCUGCUGAUCCUGGACCACAGUCUGAUGCUUAUGAGAAAAAGUACUAGGUAAAGGUUAGAUGCCCUCAGAGAUGUUUCUUAGCAUGGAGGUGAACAGGCUUGCACGGCAUGCGGGUCGUGCCCCAGAGCCCCCCUUGCUCCCUCUGUCCCUGAGUUGAUUGUACACUACAAUUCAUAAUUUGUGUGUGCCACUAGGUUGCUUCAACUCUGCCAUUGCUUCUUGCUGUCUGGUUUGCCCAGUAAGCAGCACACCUCUCUGCACCCUGGGGGUGCAACUCCACAAGGCCAUGAUUUUGAUGGACAGAAUCUUUUUUUCCUCCCUCUUUUCUUUUCUUUCCUUUAUUUUGGGUGGGGUGAAGAGAGCUUUAGACCCCGUGGCAGGUUAGAGAGUCAUGCCUCACGUUGUGUCAAAGCUAACGGUAGUCUUGUGUAGGGUUUUAGAUGAUAGCUUGUCUGGCAUAGUUUGAACAGGGCUGACCUGCCUCAGCUGGGGCUGGACUAGACGUGACCUCUGGAGGAUCCUUCCAGCCCCGCUUCUGUAGGAUUUCUUUGAUUUCUCUCUGACAGAUUAUAAAAGCUACUUUA